AUGAAGAUAAGGUAUAAUCAGGAGUUGGGAGUGUUGGAGAAUGCGUUGGUGGAAUGUAAGAUUGGUGUGAUGUUCCUGUGCAAGGGUGAGACUGAGUUGCCAAUGCCAAGGAUCGAGAUCAAGGAUGUCGGUGUGCUCUCAUUCCCAGUGCCACAAGUGCAGAUACAGAGUAUGAUUGAACGAGCAACACGUGCACCAUUUGGUAGAGGAACAGAGACCAUCACAGACCUCAAUGUGCGACGUGUCUGGCAGAUACAGAACACAGACAUCAACAUCACUGGCAAGCCAUUUCAAACAUUCUUCACAAGCAUCACCAACAGCAUCAAGGAGUCGAUGGGUCUCACCAACGAUACAGUAACAGCAGAGUUGUACAAGUUGUUGGUCUAUGACAAAGGCAGCUUCUUCCUGCCACAUCGUGACUCUGAGAAGGCUGACAACAUGUUUGGAACACUCGUGUUGUCAUUGCCAUGUCCACAUCGAGGUGGUGACCUGGUGAUCAAUCAUUCAGGUCGUGAUGAAGUGGUAUCAUUGGAGAAUGACUCAAUGUCAACGAUCAAAUGGACAGCAUUCUUUGCCGAUUGUAGACAUGAAGUCAAGCCAGUCACUGAAGGCAAUCGAGUGUGUCUCGUUUACAACCUGUUGAGAUCAGGUGGUCGCAACGUGCAGAUCAAUGCAGCAUCAGAACCAAUCACUCAAGCAUUCAAUCAAGUGUUUGGUCGUGUCAAUAACGAUGACGCCAACAACAACGACAACAACUAUUAUCAAUCAAACCUCAAGACCACCACUAGUGUUGCAUCUACAUCCAAUGUAUUUGAUGAUGAUGAUGAAUAUAUCUAUGAAGAUGAAGAUGAAGAUGAUGCUAUCUCAACAUCAAACAUCCCAGAGAAGUUGGUAUAUUCACUUGAUCACGUCUACUCCAAGUCCAACUUCACUUUGGAAUCACUCAAGGGCAACGAUGCCACACUAGCCCGCACACUACUCGCCUUUUCCAACGAGUCUAUGAUCAAGCUAGGUCUUGCAUUCAUUCAAAUUUGGGAACAUGGACCACUGGACCAUAGUGAUGAUUAUGAUGAGACUAAGGUGCCAAGCGAUACCAAGAUCAUUCUGAAGGAUGUCAAAGAUAUGGAGACUGGAGCAAUAAUUGAACGCGAUAUACGUCUUAGAACCAAGGAGAUCAUGCCAAGUGGAUGCAUCGACGAUCUCAGACCAUACUUUGAGGAGGCACAUGAGGACACUGGCAAUGAAGGAGCAUCAUUUGAAAGAUUGUAUAGACAUUCAGCUAUUGUAAUAUGGACCAGUGAGUCCAUGGGCAAGUUCACAAUGGUCGUGUCACCAGAUGUGGCAUUGGAGAUAUUGGAGAAAGAGGUGGCCAAACUUGGUGGCAUAGAUGCCAAUCCACUGGUGACUCAAGAGUUAUACUACAACUAUUGUCAACAAUCAAGAAUGAUCAAUACCUUCCAAAGAUACUUCAUGCACUGUUUGAAUCACUUGGCAGACUGUACUGUACUGUGA